GCCGCCGCCGGAACAGCAGCAGCAGCAGCAGCAGCAACAUGUCUACUGGGGACAGUUUGGAUUCCCGAUUUGAAAAAAUCGACCACCUACUGCGAGAUCCCAAAUCGGAGGUCAAUUCGGAUUGUUUACUGGAUGGAUUGGAUGCUUUGGUAUAUGAUUUGGAUUUCCCUGCUUUAAGAAAAAACAAAAAUAUUGACAACUUUCUAAGCAGAUAUAAAGACACGAUCAAUAAAAUUAGAGAUUUACGCAUGAAAGCUGAAGAUUAUGAAGUAGUGAAGGUGAUUGGUAGAGGAGCAUUUGGAGAAGUUCAAUUGGUAAGACAUAAAUCUACCAGGAAAGUAUAUGCUAUGAAACUUCUAAGUAAAUUUGAAAUGAUUAAGAGAUCAGAUUCUGCUUUUUUCUGGGAAGAAAGGGACAUCAUGGCCUUUGCUAACAGUCCUUGGGUCGUUCAGCUGUUUUAUGCAUUCCAGGAUGAUCGUUAUCUUUACAUGGUAAUGGAAUACAUGCCUGGUGGGGAUCUUGUAAACUUAAUGAGCAACUACGAUGUGCCUGAAAAAUGGGCACGGUUCUAUACAGCAGAAGUUGUUCUUGCAUUGGAUGCAAUUCAUUCAAUGGGCUUUAUUCAUAGAGAUGUGAAACCUGAUAACAUGCUGCUGGAUAAGUCUGGACAUUUGAAGUUAGCAGAUUUUGGUACUUGUAUGAAGAUGAAUAAGGAAGGUAUGGUACGAUGUGAUACAGCAGUUGGAACUCCUGACUAUAUUUCCCCCGAAGUAUUAAAAUCUCAAGGUGGUGAUGGUUAUUAUGGAAGAGAAUGUGACUGGUGGUCAGUUGGGGUGUUUCUUUAUGAAAUGCUUGUAGGUGACACACCCUUUUAUGCCGAUUCUCUGGUUGGAACUUAUAGCAAGAUAAUGAACCAUAAAAACUCACUAACCUUUCCUGAUGAUAAUGACAUUUCAAAAGAAGCCAAAAAUAUUAUUUGUGCUUUCCUUACUGACAGAGAAGUAAGAUUAGGACGAAAUGGUGUAGAAGAAAUUAAACGACACCUCUUCUUCAAAAAUGACCAGUGGGCGUGGGAAACACUUCGAGACACUGUAGCACCAGUUGUACCUGAUUUAAGUAGUGACAUUGAUACAAGCAAUUUUGAUGACUUGGAAGAAGAUAAAGGAGAAGAGGAAACAUUCCCUAUACCUAAAGCUUUUGUAGGCAAUCAGCUUCCUUUUGUAGGAUUUACAUAUUAUAGCAAUCGUAGAUAUUUACCUUCAGCAAAUCCUAAUGAUAACAGGAGUAGCUCCAAUGUGGAUAAAAGUUUGCAGGAAAAUUUGCAAAAAACAAUUUACAAGCUGGAAGAACAGUUGCAUAAUGAAAUACAGUUAAAAGAUGAAAUGGAGCAGAAGUGCAGAACUUCAAACAUAAAAUUAGACAAGAUAAUGAAAGAAUUGGAUGAAGAGGGUAAUCAGAGAAGAAAUCUAGAAUCUACAGUAUCUCAGAUUGAGAAGGAGAAAAUGUUGUUACAGCAUAGAAUUAAUGAAUACCAAAGAAAAGCAGAGCAGGAAAAUGAGAAGAGGAGGAAUGUAGAAAAUGAAGUGUCUACAUUAAAGGAUCAAUUGGAAGAUUUAAAGAAAGUAAGUCAGAAUUCACAGCUUGCUAAUGAGAAACUGACGCAAUUACAGAAACAGCUAGAAGAAGCCAAUGACUUACUUAGAACAGAAUCAGAUGCAGCUGUAAGACUAAGAAAGAGUCACACAGAAAUGAGUAAGUCAGUUAGUCAGUUAGAGUCCCUGAACAGAGAACUGCAAGAAAGAAAUAGAGUUUUAGAGAAUUCCAAGUCACAAAUGGACAAAGAUUAUUACCAGCUGCAAGCUGUGUUAGAAGCAGAACGAAGAGACAGAGGUCAUGAUUCAGAGAUGAUUGGAGACCUUCAAGCUCGAAUUACAUCUUUACAAGAGGAGGUGAAGCAUCUCAAAUAUAGUCUUGAAAGAGUGGAAGGUGAAAGAAAAGAAGCUCAAGACAUGCUUAAUCAUUCAGAAAAGGAAAAGAAUAAUUUAGAGAUAGAUUUAAACUACAAACUUAAAUCAUUACAACAACGGUUAGAACAAGAGGUAAAUGAACAUAAAAUAACCAAGGCUUGUUUGACUGACAAACAUCAAUCUAUUGAAGAGGCAAAGUCUGUAGCAAUGUAUGAAAUGGAAAAAAAGCUGAAGGAAGAAAGAGAAGCCCGAGAGAAGGCUGAAAAUAGUGUUGUUCAGAUUGAAAAACAGUGUUCUAUGCUAGAUGUUGAUCUCAAACAAUCUCAACAGAAGCUUGAACAUCUGACUGAAAAUAAAGAAAGGAUGGAGGAAGAGGUUAAGAAUUUAACACUGCAACUGGAACAGGAAUCAAAUAAGCGACUAUUGUUGCAAAAUGAAUUGAAAUCUCAUGCAUUUGAAGCAGACAAUUUGAAAGGUCUAGAAAAACAGAUGAAACAGGAAAUAAAUACUUUAUUGGAAGCUAAGAGAUUGUUAGAAUUUGAGUUGGCUCAACUUACAAAACAGUAUAGAGGAAAUGAAGGACAGAUGCGGGAGCUACAGGAUCAGCUUGAAGCUGAACAAUAUUUCUCGACACUCUAUAAAACCCAAGUAAAGGAACUUAAGGAAGAAAUUGAAGAAAAAAACAGAGAAAACUUAAAGAAAAUACAAGAACUACAAAAUGAAAAAGAAACACUUACUACUCAGUUGGAUCUAGCAGAAACAAAAGCUGAGUCCGAACAGUUGGCUCGAGGACUUCUAGAAGAACAAUAUUUUGAAUUGACCCAAGAAAGCAAGAAAGCUGCUUCAAGAAAUAAACAAGAGAUUACAGAUAAAGACCAUACUGUUAGCCGGCUUGAAGAAGCAAACAACAUGCUAACCAAAGAUAAUGAAUUGUUAAGAAAAGAAAAUGAAGAGCUAAGUGAUAAAAUGAGGAUAGCAGAAGAAGAAUACAGAUUGAAGAAGGACGAAGAGAUCAGUAAUCUUAAAGCUGCCUUUGAAAAGAAUAUUCAUACGGAACGAACCCUUAAAACACAGGCUGUUAACAAGUUGGCAGAAAUAAUGAACCGAAAAGAUUUCAAAAUUGAUAGAAAGAAAGCUAACACACAGGAUUUGAGGAAGAAAGAAAAGGAAAAUAGAAAGCUACAACUGGAACUCAAUCAAGAAAGAGAGAAAUUCAACCAAAUGGUAGUGAAACACCAGAAGGAACUAAAUGAAAUGCAGGCGCAAUUGGUAGAAGAAUGUACACAUAGAAAUGAACUUCAGAUGCAACUGGCUAGUAAAGAGAGUGACAUUGAGCAGUUACGUUCUAAACUUUCGGACCUUUCGGAUUCUACAAGUGUUGCUAGUUUUCCCAGUGCUGAUGAAACUGAUGGAAACCUUCCAGAGUCAAGAAUUGAAGGUUGGCUUUCAGUACCAAAUAGAGGAAAUAUCAAACGAUAUGGCUGGAAGAAACAGUAUGUUGUGGUAAGCAGCAAAAAAAUUUUGUUCUAUAACGAUGAACAAGAUAAAGAACAAUCCAAUCCAUCUAUGGUAUUGGACAUAGAUAAAUUAUUUCAUGUUCGACCUGUAACUCAAGGAGAUGUCUACAGAGCUGAAACUGAAGAAAUUCCUAAAAUAUUUCAGAUACUCUAUGCAAAUGAAGGUGAAUGUAGAAAGGAUGUAGAGAUGGAACCAGUACAAACUGAAAAAACUAAUUUUCAAAACCACAAAGGCCAUGAGUUUAUUCCGACACUCUACCAUUUUCCUGCCAAUUGUGAGGCUUGUGCCAAACCUCUCUGGCAUGUUUUUAAGCCACCCGCUGCCCUAGAAUGUCGAAGGUGCCAUGUUAAGUGCCACCGAGAUCAUUUAGAUAAGAAAGAAGACUUAAUUUCUCCAUGUAAAGUAAGUUAUGAUGUAACAUCAGCAAGAGAUAUGCUGUUGUUAGCAUGUUCCCAAGAUGAACAAAAAAAGUGGGUAACUCAUUUAGUAAAGAAGAUCCCUAAGAAUCCACCAUCUGGUUUUGUUCGUGCAUCUCCUAGAACACUUUCUACAAGAUCUACUGCAAAUCAGUCUUUCCGGAAAGUAGUCAAAAAUACAUCUGGGAAAACUAGUUAACCAUAUGAUGUAGUGCCUUGUGGAAUCACGUGGAUGCUACCUGAUAAACCAGGCUUCUUUAACCAUACAGAGCAGACAGGCUGUUCCUUUGACACAUAUCACAGGCUUCAGGGUUAAGAUUGCUGUUACUGUUACUCUGUCCUUGCUUUGGCACAAAAGCACACUGAGGGUUUUUUUAAAUUGCGGGUUUGCCUAAAGGUAGAUUAGAUUAAUUAUUACUGUGUAAUGCAAGUAAAAUUUGGGAAAGCUUAGCUAGAUAUAUAUUUUUAAAAAGGUGCUGCCUUUUUGAAUUUCUAAUUAAAUGCCUGUCAAUAAUGAUAGAACAUAGUUUUCCUCGUAGGAGUAAGAGGAAGGGACUUUCACUAUCAAGUGGAAUGGCCAUCAUUAUCAAGAUCAACUCAUGGAAGGAGUAAUGAAAAUAUCUCAAAAUGAGACAUGAAAAUUUUUAAGUAACUUCAGUUUUUGUGCUCUUGCGGGACAAUAAAAAACAUUUUAAGAAAGCAGUGACAUCACUUGACUUCAUUGUCUUCACUGUAGAACUGAAAAGCCUUACUGUUGAUUGCCCAUGGUGGACUUGAUGGAGAAUAAAUAUCUUACAUUAUGUGUUUUACAAAAUACUUUUUGUGUUUCAGGAAGUUAUAUAGAUUGAGGGAGAGGAGAAAGCAAAAAAAAAAAUUCACAUUUAACCUAUGCAGUUUUACCAAGCCAUAUUGAGUUAUUUUAUUACUAGAGACAUUAGGAGGAAGUAAUUAUACAAAAGAACUGAAUUGAAAAGCAUUUUGUUGGGUACAUCAUUUCUGUAAUUGUAAAUGUAUUUCUUUAUGGUUUUAAGUGAUAAAGACCUUAAGUUAACGUAUAAGAAAUGUAUGCACUGUUUGAAAUGUAAAUUAUUCUUAGAACAUUUUCCAUGGGAGUCACAAUACCCUUUGAGUGCCUUAAUUUGACAGAAUUAUUUUACAGUCAGACUAAACAAAUUUCAAAUGAUGGAUGAAUUUUUAUUGAUAAUUAGUAUAAUUUAAGAUAUGUACAUGUUGGUUGGACCUUUCGAAAUUCAGUACAGUCUGCAUCAAUCUACCUAUUAAAAGGACUUUAUAAAAUUGCAAAAUGUUAAAGGCUAUAAAAUUAUGACAAUACAUCUGUGAUGUUUUCCAGUUAACAUAGGAAUUAUCAAAUAAAUACUAUUAAACUCUUGUUCAGUAGCAGGAGUUGACACAUGGGCAGUAUGAAUUAGUGUUUAUAUUUUUAACCAAAUACCUCCUCAGUAAUUUAUAAUGCUUUGCAGUAAUGUGUAUCAAAUAAGAAGCACUGGAAAACUGAAUCGUCUCUAGGUGAUAUGCAUGUUUCAAGUGGUAUUGAAAGCCGCACUGAUGGAUAUGUUAUAAUAAACAUAUCUGUUAUUAAUAUGCUAAUGACUUUGUGCUCAUUUAAUGAGAAAUAAAAGUAAUUUAUGAUGGAUCCUUUAAUAA